GGAUCGUUCUUACCGUUCAUGCCUCUUUGCCUUCGACGGAAUCCUCGCCGGUAACUGCGAUAAGGUCUCGUUCGCAUUUUUCUCAGAUUUAGGGUUUAAUCAGAUUUUCGUUGGAAGACCUUUGAAGGAGAUACGAAGUAAAAGAACAAAUCCAGGAAUCAAUGGCGUCCUUCUCUGGUUUCUUGGCUUGAGACUGUGUACGGACUGGCGUUGUGGACUGUGGAGUGAGAGAUGGAUGAAGAAAUGGUGGAUGUCUUUGAAGGAAGGUUUUCUUCUGUGGAAAUAGAUUUCGAUUACGAGUUUGAUUCUUGUCGUUACUUCGAUUUCAGUCGGAAAGAAACGCCUGCCGAGGCUCGAGAAGUCGAGCUCUGGUUUGAAACAGCUGCGAGUUAUCCCCCUUCUCCUUUCGUAGCAAAGUUGAAUUUGAGCAAGAUCAUCCUUGUGGAAAACAUAAACACCUCUCCAAAAUCUAAAGAUGUGGAAAACAGAGUUUCCACUGCCAAUUGCUCCGAUGUUGGCACUGGUCCAGAGUACUCUGCAUUAGAUAAAAGUAACCAAGAUCACGAAUGGACCAGUAAUGGAGGCUUCAGGAACUUAACAUGUGGGAUUCCACAGAAAAUUCUAAAUGAAGGACAAGCACUGGCAACAGGGCUGCCAUUUUAUAAUCACAUGGCUGAAGAUAUUCCAAAAGCUAAAAUGAAGCAUGCAAUCAAGGGACCUUUCCAUAGGAGCUCAACUUUAAUGAAACCAACUGCAAGUCAUCUGGCAAAGCAAAAUCGACCACGAGAUGUCUGUGGUUCAAGCAGAUUUUUUGGAAGGUCUGGGAAGCCAUUCAUUCAAAACAGUGGUAAAAGCAUGGAGAACGCUUCUGGUGUUGAAAGUCAAGCUGCCAAGAGACAGAAGCUUGAAGGAGGCCACUUACUGAAGGUGGACUGAAUUUCAUAAUUCCAUCAUAAAUUUGAUGC